CUCUCUUCCUCUCUUCCCUUCCCACCCUGGAGGCGGACUCCUCCGGAGUUUAAAGGAGCGCAAACGGCCAGCGCGGGAGAAGGAGAAGCAGCAGCAGCAGCAGGAGAAGAAGCAGUGGCGCUUUGUUCUUGGGCGCUGCUGCAGAGCAAGGGAGGAAGAAGAAGAAGAAGGGGAAAGCAAGCCUCCGGACUGAGGCAGCGAUUGAGGGGCUGCCAGACCCUCCCCGAAGGAAGGCGAGCUGGCGGAGGAGGAGAAGGAGGGGAGCACCCCAGGCACGCUGCCGCCCUGCCUCGCUUCUCGGGCCUUCCUGGCUCUGCUCUCGGGAGGAUGCUGGAGAGCAGCGGCGUGGGCAGCGUGUGCAAGCCGGUGAAGGAAGGCGUCCUGGAGAAGCGGAGCGACGGCUUGCUCCAGCUCUGGAAGAAGAAGCGCUGCGUCCUGACCGAGGAAGGGCUCCUGCUCAUCCCCGCCAAGCCGGAGCCCGGAGCCGCCGCCAACGGGGUGCCCGCCUCGCCGCCGCCCUCCUCCUCCUCCUCCUCCUCGGAGGCCAAGAUCAAGGAGCUGCCCUUCGCCACCAUGAAGACGGUGGACUGCGUGGAGCGCAAGGGCAAGUACGUCUACUUCACGGUGGUGAUGGCCGAGGGCAAGGAGGUGGACUUCCGCUGCCCGCAGGAGCAGGGCUGGAACGCCGAGAUCACGCUCCAGCUGGUCCAGUACAAGAACCGGCAGGCCAUCCUGGCCGUGCGCUCCACUCGACAGAAGCAGCAGCACCUCGUCCUCCAGCAACAACAGCAGCAGCAGCAACCACCGAUGCCCGGCGGAGCGGCCCGGCUCCGGAGCGCCUCCAACUCCGCCUGAGAAGGGCCCUCCUCCUCCUCCUCCUCCUCCUCCUCUGCGGCUUGCCUUCGCCUCCUGGAAAGCAGUCCCCCUCCAGUCCCUUCCCAAAUAACGCUAGGACGCUUCCCUCGGAGCAGAAGCCUUCCUCACCUCUGUCCUUUCCUUGCUCCGUCUCUGCAAAACAUGCGCCUUAACACGCAUCCGUCAGCGCCUUGGUCCCCUUCAUGCCCAACGCCCUGGACUGGACCUCUUCCGGAGGAUGGGAAGCCAAG